AUGAACCAGUCUACCACUAUACUCUUCGUCCCAGGCGCCUGGCACACAAAUCUGACUGCUAUGAUCCCGUUGUGCAACGCCUCGAAGCAGUCGGCUACAAGACCGACAAGGUCCAUUUACCCACCAGUGGACCCGCCAACACACUAUUUAGACUUCAGCGCAGAUGUUUCCCGUAUUCGAGCGCAAUCGAGCACGCCGUCAAUGAAGGGCGGGAUGUGGUCGUGGUUGCGCACUCUUACGGCGGCCUGCCCUCGAAUGAGAGCUAUAAAAGGACUCGAUAUCAACACGCGCCAGAAAGUGGGUCUGACUGGCGGUGUUACCCAUCUGUUCUUCUGCUGCUCAUUUGUCAUUGCUGAAGGGCAAUCCCUCAUCAGUGCCUUCGGUGGUAAUGACCUCCCAUGGUUCAGGGUAUCGGAUGAUAAGGUGUGA